GUGAAGUGUGGCGGACAGGGGCACGCUGGAAUUCGCUGAGGGUGUGUGGAGGCGGGGAACAGAGAACAGCGACACACACCUUACAGCUCAGAGCCACAGAGUGAAAGAAGAGGCUUUCCUAUGGCGUGUAAUUGACCAGUUCAAUCUCACUGGCUUUGGUUGUGCAGGUGAUAGAGAGAGGGAGAGAGAGGGGGAAUAUUAAAUAUGGCUGGAAAGUCUCUGCACUUGUGCGUAUUCGUAAUGUGCGCGAUUCAAACCAACACUGGAUUUAACAUUGACGUGCAGUUCCCGGUAAUCAAAGAAGGAAAAACCAAGGGCAGUUUAUUUGGAUUUUCUGUUGCAUUGCACAAACAGACCGAAAAGACAAAGAAGAACUUCCUCUUAGUCGGAGCACCCCAAGAAAAAGCCCAGCCCCAACUCAGCAAAUUCAACAUUAAUGAAACCGGAGCCGUGUAUUACUGUCCCAUCACUAUCGAGCAGGAUGACUGCAGGAGGAUGGACCUCAUCAGUCCACCGCAGUCAGCAGAGAUGGUGGAGGGCAUGUGGCUGGGAGUGACCGUGGCCAGUCAGAGGACUGGAGGACAUGUGCUGGCAUGUGGUCAUCGCUACGUAAAAAAACUUCUGGGCGCCGAAGAGCAGCAGCGUAUGGUGGGCAAAUGUUACGUGCGGGGCAACGACCUGACCUACGACCCGACUGAUUACUGGCAGUCUGACACUUACGAGCUGUGCGACUUCAACUAUGACCAGAACCUGGAGGGCAUGUGUAACAUGGGCAUCUCAGGGGGCAUGACGGAGAAUGACGUGUACUUUGGGACGCCCGGCAGCUUUGUGUGGCAGGGAACUGUCCAUAUGAAAGAGAGAGACCCCAACUUUGAUUUUGCCGGAGAUGCCAAUGAAAUAAGCUUCGGUAAGCUAGGCGAGGACAGACUCAACAUCUACAUAGGUUACUCUGUGCUGGAGGACAUAAAGUUACUGGAUCGCUCGAAGUACACUGUGGUGACGGGGGCUCCCAGAGACAAUUUCAAAGGUUCAGUGAUCCUGGCAGAAAAACAAGGUUUGCUUCUUAACCCAGUGAUGACGAUCCCAGGGGAACAAAUAGGGUCGUACUUCGGCGGCUGCUUGGCGGUGACCGACCUCAACAAUGACGAGCCAUGGAGGGUUAAUCAUGUUGCUCUGGUGUUUGUGUCUUCAGAUUUAGCUGUUGGUGCUCCGUUCCAAGACUCUGGGAAAGUCUUUAUAUGGAUGGGAAGCAAAAAUGGAAUAACUACGGAACCCAGCCAGGUGAUCGAGGGGAAAUCAUUAGGUCCCAGUGACUUUCAGACGUUCGGCUACUCUCUCAGUGGAGGACUGGAUAUGGAUGGAAAUGAUUAUCCUGACAUUUUGGUGGGCUCCAUGGAUGACCGCAUCGCUCUCUUGAGGGCUCGUCCGGUCAUCCACCUCUCCCAAAACUUUACAGUAGAGCCAAAGAUUGUGAGUCCAAACCAGUGUGUUAAUUCCUGCAUAAAGGUGAAGGUGUGUUUCAGCUACAAUCUCAGCACUGGAAACACAGCCUUCAAGAAGGACAUCACUGUGAAGUACACAGUAGACGCUGACCCGAAUCGCCGUGGCGCCCGAGUUCGUUUCCUUGACAACAAGCAAAGCACAUUUACAGGCCUGCUGUCUUUCUCCGCUCCCGCAUGUCAAGAGCUGGAACUUUCUGUUAAUACUCCUGUGAGGGACAAACUUCAGCCCAUAGUGUUCACUCUCAACGUGUCUCUGAAUGAGCAGAAAGCAGCAGCACCGCAAACACUGCAGAGUCUGGACGCUUUCCCUGUGCUGAGCGGCCAGCAGAUCCUGACCAACAAAACCGAGAUUAACUUUCAUAAGGAGUGUGGUGUUGACAACACGUGUAGCAGUAACCUGCAGCUCAAGGCCAAAUUUGCUGAUGAGAAUUACAUUCCCUUCCCCAGUCAGACUAUAGAGUUCAACAGUAGCAUUAAGAAGCUGGUGAUGAUGGUGGAUGUUACUAACAUGCCGGAUGGAGGCAGGCAGGAGGCCGAGGACGCCCAUCAGGCCAUGCUGAGCAUCAGCAUUCCCCCCUCACUCAAAUACUCAGGAGUGCGCACUUUGUCUGGUUUAGAUAUUGAGUGCAGCGCAGACGAGACUGUGAUAUGCGAUCUGGGAAACCCAUUUAAAAGCAAUCAGAAGACCUCAUUGAUAAUCAUCUUUGAGACUUCUGGUGUAACACUUUACACAAAGAAGAUUGAAUCUCAGCUUCAGCUCUCCACUAUCAGUGAGCAGAAGGAUCUGGAUCCUGUUCCUGUCACUCUCGACGUGAAGAACACGGUCCUCACUACCUUUUCCCUAGAAAAACAAGUGAUUGACACGACGUUCAGUGGCAGUGUGAUUGGUGAAUCUGCCAUGAGCAGCACCAGUGAUGUGGGGAGUCCGCUGGAGUUUGUGUUUCGUGUGCACAUGCAGGGAGAACCUCUGGGAGAUUUGGGAACUCUGAUGAUUGACUUUGAAUGGCCAUAUGAGGUAGCCAAUGGGAAAUGGCUGCUGUAUCUCACAGAGAUAGUGAUCAAAGGAGCAUCAGAGUCGCGCUGUGUCCCACCGGGGAAGGUUGUCAACCCUCUCAAGCUCACACUGUCAGAUCGAGGUACCAAACGGUCUAAAAGAGGGGUGGAAUCAGGAUAUCCCCAGGCAGAAGCUUCUGUCACUGUCCUGGCACCUCGUAAAGUGCCCCAUUUUCUGGAGUGUUCAAAGUGGACGGCUCGCUGUGUGACCUUUUCCUGCCCGCUGCACAACAUGUCGAGUCAGGCGGAGAUCAGAGUCAGGUCACGCGUGUGGAACAGCACCUUGCUGGAGGAUUACGCCAAUGCCCUGCGAGUGGAAGUGAAGGGCCAGGCCACGCUGAGACUGCUGACGGAUAAACCGGCCAUCAGAAUGGACAACCAGACCAGAGAGUUUUCAGUAAACAUUGACCCGGUGCUGGGAGAGGAGACGCCGUAUGAAGUUUCUCUCUGGAUCAUCAUUGUUUCAGCGGUUGCAGGGAUUCUGUUAUUAGGCAUCAUCAGUCUCAUCCUGUGGAAGUGUGGUUUCUUCCGACGGGCCAGCAGGAGGGAGAUGUAUGAGGCCAAAUCCCAGAAAGCAGAAAUAAAGAUCCAGCCCUCUGAGACAGAGAGGCUGACGGAGGAAUUCUGAGCCUGCGGGGGCCCUCGGGCCGCUAUGGCAGCACCGUUAGGGCCCUUCGUGUGGUUUCUUCAAAAGGGCCGUUUACUACAGGAUAAUGCCAAAGUACCACGGUGUGAAAGUACGCAAAGAGGAGCGCUAUAAGUAUAACUUGGCCUUUCAGCCCGAGCAAGAACUGAGCAAGAAACUCUGGGUCACCAACUGGACAGAAAUGCAUGAAUAUUACUACUGACCUCUUCACCUCUCUCCAUCCAGAACCAGGGGAGCGUGAUGAUUGGAAGAUGUCUUUUAUUAACCCCGCCUCAACUCAACUCAACUCAACAGACACUGGACACUAGCGUUUGGAGCCGCCACUUAUGCAAUGAGAACGUUUUGAAAUGUUUGUUGGUCUGUGUGCAAUAUCAUGAUUUGUAGACCAUUAAACCGCUUUCAACAAAGCCAGAGUAUUGUCAGCAUUGUCUGGGACAUCCUUGACUUAGUAAUGAGCAACUG